UCAACGUCACGUAAACUAUAAUAUCGAGUGCACUCGGGUGACGUACUCAAACCAGUGUACACCUCUCUAUGUCAGUCGUAGUUUAUGACGUCUCGUUGGCGAACGACUCGGAUAGAGAUUAUUUUCCUCGGAAAAAAAUAAUUUUUUUUUUUUUAUAUACGAAAGACCUUUUUUACUCAGUAGUAACGACAAAUCGAAGCUUAAAUAGACACAUUUAAACAUUUCAGACCACCAGUGGAGACUAAAGUCGUUUAUUAUACAGGAUACAGGAUUAGUAAACUUGUACCUGCAUUGUCAUUGUGUUAACUUUCAAAUACUACUCUAUGACAUUCCAAAAAGAAUUUUGAAUAGAUUUAGAAAUAUUCGACAAUAGAAUAAGAUAGUGGUGUUGGACCACUUUAACCAAAGAUGAGACAAAGAUUGAUAAUCUAGGAAAUUCCAAUCUAGCAAUUCUCUUAUCACAGAUUCUAAACAAUUCAUCGUUAUAUGCUCUCGUCCAGGAUCGACGUAUAUCUUACAAAAUUCAGCCGUUAUAAUAUAUAUUGUAAUAUAAACGGCGACGUGGUGCGAACCACGCUGUAGUAAUAAUUAAUGUGUUCCCUCCCCCGGUAUCAAGAAGUACUCGACGGGACAGCUUCGUCGAGCAACGAUAACGCGGUGCGACAUAUCGAGUCGCCUCGGCAAGAAAGUAUGUCUUACUCGAGCGAACUGUCACGCUCCCACGAAUAUCUGAGUUUUCGUAGCUCUAUACCGCUGAGGAAGAUUGUCGUCGAUGCGGAUGGUGCCAAGGGAUGGAAGGUGUACGAUUCCAAUCCAAAAACUAUCAAGUGCCCGCUUAUAUGUCUUCCACCAGUCUGUGGUACCGCCGAUAUCUUUUUUAGGCAAUUAUUAGGCCUGGCUGCCAAAGGUUAUAGAGUUAUAUCAGCUGAGCCACCAGUAUAUUGGAGUAUAAAGGAAUGGUGCGAUGGAUUCAGAAAACUGUUGGAUUACCUGGAACUUGACAAGGUCCAUCUUUUUGGUGCUUCGUUAGGUGGUUUCCUGGCACAGAAGUUUACAGAAAUAAAUGCGCAUUGCCCUAGAGUAGUAUCUUUAGUUCUGUGCAAUACUUUUACGGAUACAUCUGUAUUUAGUUACAAUGAUUCCGCAGCAGUUUUUUGGAUUUUACCUUCAAUGGUACUAAAGAAAAUGGUAAUGGGAAAUUUUGCAACAGAGAAAGUUGAUGGAGAGAUCAUAGAGGCAAUAGAUUUUAUGGUGGAAAGGCUGGAGAGCUUAACGCAACCUGAAUUAGCAUCUCGUUUAACAAUGAAUUGCAUAAAUUGUUAUGUACAACCUCAAAAAAUAUGUCAUUUACCAGUGACGAUAAUAGAUGUUUUUGACGAAUAUGCUUUAUCAAACGCUGUUAGGGAAGAAAUGUAUAAAUGCUAUCCAAAUGCGAAAUUGGCCCACUUGAAAAGUGGUGGAAAUUUUCCAUACUUGAGUCGAUCUGCCGAAGUCAAUUUGCAUUUGCAGAUACAUCUAAGACAAUUUGAGGACACCGAAUAUGCAGCCUCAGAAAAAAUUAAGAUUUAGCAUAAUGUGUUUAUAUUAGGAAAAAUGAAGUAUUAAUUAAAUAAAGAUGGAUUCCACUACUCAUAAACGGAUAUUAUAAAUAUGGACAUCUACGUCUUUUAUAUCGUAUAUCGAGUAAGAUAUGAUUUAAUUAAUGUCUCAAUUUAGCUCUUAACAAAGCAAUAAUUUGUUACAAUGUCCAAAUAUUAUAUAAUAUGAAUUAUAUAAUAUAUAGCUAUUUUGAAUCCAUUAUGUCAAACACAUUUAGUUCCUUAAAUAUAAAGAGCAUUUAUAUUUUAUAAUAUCCUGAUUUUCUUUUAUCUGUAAAAAGAAAAUAAUAUCUACAAUAUCAUCUAUUCUCGCAA